AUGCUGAAAUCCCUUGCCUUCCCGUCGUCCUUUGUAUUGCCAAAUAUUUGCAAUAUCACUGGGACUGCCUUCGAGCUUAAGGAGAACCAGAACAGGGAAUCCGCAAACAGGUCCGCUCUCGCCUGGUUUGAGAAGUACAAUAUUUAUGACAGAGAACAGGCCGAAACAUUUCUCAAUUCUGGUCGAUUUGAUGUCUUCGCAGCUCUGAGCUUCCCUGAGGCGGAUCUGUUGCAUUUAGAAACCUGCUUGUGCUUCUUCCUUUGGGCCUUCUCCAAUGACGAUCUGUCAGACGAAGGAGACUUCCAGAGAAGCCCUGAGGAUAUCCAGAAUGGUCACAACGUGUCUAUGAAGAUCCUGUACGAUGCCGAUGCGGAGCAGCCCACCUAUCCUUACGCUGCUAUGCUUUGGGACUUGCUCAAAAGAAUCCGGAACACAGGGAGAAUGGGAACAUACCACAGAUUCGCACAAGCUUUCAUCGACUUCAGUAGCUCUCAAGUCAAACAGUCUCGCAACCGGAACAUCGACUAUAUCCCACCUAUUCAGGAGUUCAUCUUGAUGCGACGUUGUACCAUCGGUGCUGCCCUCGUACAAGCUAUGGUCGAAUACUCAUUGGAUCUCAAUAUUCCUGACUAUGUCUUUGAUGAUCCGAUCGUCAUCGCCAUGUCGGAAGCCAUAACUGACAUUUUGACCUGGCCUAACGACUUAUGCUCGUUCAAUAAAGAGCAAGCCGACGGAGAUUAUCAGAACUUGGUUUGCGUGUUGCAGUGCGCAAAUGCUAUAGGCCUCCAAGAUGCGAUUAAUAUGCUCACAAACAUGAUUGCUGAUCGCCUCAAAGAAUACUUGACUUUGAAGAAACAGCUUCCCUCCUUCGGGCCCGACAUCGAUGCCGUACUAGCGCGGUAUCAUACUGCCAUGGAGAACUUCACUCAAGGGUGCAUUGUAUGGUAUUAUUCUAGUCCUAGAUAUUUUAGGGGUAUUAACCCCCUUGGAAAGGAAUCCGUCGUAAUUCAACUAUUCGAGAGUUCCGCUUGA